CAAACGAAAGUAGGAGGAAGAGAGAGCGCCAUUGUAGACGGGACGACAAGACAACUUACAUACGGGGAAGGGAACUGACUUUCUGAUAUCAUGGAUGAGACUCCUCAGUCACUCAUUCCAGCCCAGGACUCUGGUCCACAGUCCUCCAUUACGGUUCAGCCUACCCCUCCACAGUCCUCCAUUACGGCUCAGCCUACCCCUCCACCGUCCUCCAUUACGGCUCAGCCUACCCCUCCACCGUCCUCCAUUACGGCUCAGCCUACCCCUCCACCGUCCUCCAUUACGGCUCAGCCUACCCCUCCACAGUCCUCCAUUACGGCUCAACCUGCUCCUCCACCGUCCUCCAUUACGGCUCAGCCUACCCCUCCACAGUCCUCCAUUACGGCUCAACCUGCCCAUCCACCGUCCUCCAUUAUGGCUCAACCUGCUCAUCCACCGUCCUCCAUUACGGCUCAACCUGCUCAUCCACCGUCCUCCAUUAUGGCUCAACCUGCCCAUCCACCGUCCUCCAUUAUGGCUCAACCUGCUCAUCCACCGUCCUCCAUUAUGGCUCAAUCUGCUCAUCCACAGUCCUCCAUUACGGCUCAACCUGCCCAUCCACCGUCCUCCAUUAUGGCUCAACCUGCCCAUCCACCGUCCUCCAUUACGGCUCAGCCUGCCCAUCCACCGUCCUCCAUUAUGGCUCAACCUGCCCAUCCACCGUCCUCCAUCAUGGCUCAACCUGCCCAUCCACCGUCCUCCAUUACGGCUCAACCUGCCCAUCCACCGUCCUCCAUUACGGCUCAGCCUGCCCCUCCUCAGACCUCCAUUAUGGCUCAGGGUGGUUCUGUUGUCGUUGCACCCCAGCUUGUUGGCUGCAUUGUUGCAGGUUCAGUUUAUCAACACAUCAGUGUUACUAUCCCUUCACAUGGUGCUGAUGAAGAGCUGCCAAAAGUCAAGGACAAACACAAGUCCAACAUGAAGAAGAAGUUUGGGAGCAUCUUUGAGGGGCUUGGAAAACGGGGAAACACAACAUUGCUUGACAAGAUCUACACAGAGCUCUACAUCACAGCUGGGGAGAGUGAAGGGGUUAAUAAAGAGCAUGAGGUAUGGCAGAUUGAAGAUACGGCUCGGACCAAAGCAUUUCAAGACGAUGCAAUCAACUGCAAUGACAUCUUUAGAUCUUUAGACCCGAAGACAGAGGAACAUAAUGACAAAUCCCAAUCCAAACAAGAGGUACCCAUCAGAACUGUGCUGACAAAUGGCAUCGCUGGCAUCGGAAAAACAGUCUCAGUGCAGAAGUUCAUCCUUGACUGGGCAGAAGGAAUAGCCAAUCAGGAUGUAGAUUUUGUCUUCGCACUUCCAUUUAGGGACUUGAAUUUGAUCAAAGAUGACUGCAAUCUCUUGAAACUCCUGAGUGACUUCCACCCUGAACUAACAGAUAUGCAGGACGCAAAGAAGGUGGUCGACGGUAAAGUUGUAUUCAUCUUUGAUGGCCUCGAUGAAAGCCAACUUCCACUGUGUUUCCAUAACAACAAGAGGUUGUCUAAUGUAACCGAGAAAACAUCAGUGGACAUGCUGCUGACAAACCUCAUCAAGGGGAAUAUGCUUCCUGAAGCUCUCCUCUGGAUAACCUCCCGACCAGCAGCAGUUGAUAAGAUACCCUCUGACUGUUUUGACCGUGUCACUGAAGUUCGAGGAUUCAACGACCCACAGAAAGAAGAAUACUUCAAGAAGAGAUUCAGUGAUGAUGAGAACCUGGCCAGCAAAAUCAUCUCCCACAUAAAGACAUCAAGAAGCCUCCACAUCAUGUGCCACAUACCGUUCUUCUGUUGGAUUACUGCCAUGGUUUUUGGGAAAAUGUUGAGCAAAAAUGACCAUGGAAAAGUCCCUCUGACUGAGAUUUACAUUCGCUUCCUACUCACUCUGACAAACAUGAAGAACAAGAAAUAUAAUGGGAAAAACGAACCAGAUCCUCGUAAUCUGUCAGAGCCUGACGUACAGAUCAUUCUGAAACUUGGAAAACUAGCCUUCCAAAACCUGGCAAAGAGCAAUUUGGUGUUUUCUGAAGACUAUUUGAGAGAGUGUGGCAUUGAUGUCAAUGAAGCCUUCUUACUCUCAGGGAUGUGCACAGAGAUCUUCAGAGAGGAGGACUCUAUGUUUCAAGCAAAGAUGUACAGCUUUGUGCAUCUCACCAUUCAAGAGUUCUUUGCAGCACUCUAUGUUGCUUUCUCAUAUGCCAGUGAAAAUGUCAACCCAUUUUGUUUAAGAGACUACCAAGAGCUACCAAGAAAAAAUUACAGUGUUUCUGGAGACACAUAUUUUGGAGACGGGGAUGAUGACUACAGGGAUGAUGACUGCAGGGAGGAUGACUGCAGGGAGGAUGACUGCAGGGAGGAUGACUUCAGGGAGGAUGACUUCAGGGAGGAUGACUUAAGGGAGGAUGACUUAAGGGAGGAUGACUUCAGGGAUGCUGACUGCAGGGAUGAUGACUACAGGGAUAAUGACUUCAGGGAUGCUGACUUCAGGGAUGCUGACUUCAGGGAUGCUGACUGCAGGGAUGAUGACUACAGGGAUAAUGACUUCAGGGAUGCUGACUUCGGGGAUGCUGACUUCGGGGGUUAUGACUUCGGGGAUGCUGACUUCAGGGAUGAUGACUGAAGGGAGGAUGACUUAAGGGAUGAUGACUUAAGGGAUAAUGACUGCAGGGAUAAUGACUUCAGGGAUGAUGACUUCAGGGAUUAUGACUGAAGGGAGGAUGACUGAAGGGAGGAUGACUGAAGGGAGGAUGACUGCAGGGAUGAUGACUGCAGGGAUGAUGACUGCAGGGAUGAUGACUACAGGGAGGAUGACUUCAGGGAUGCUGACUGCAGGGAUGAUGACUGCAGGGAGGAUGACUGAAGGGAGGAUGACUGAAGGGAGGAUGACUGCAGGGAGGAUGACUUAAGGGAUGAUGACUGCAGGGAGGAUGACUUCAGGGAUGAUGACUUCAGGGAUGAUGACUGCUGGGAUGAUGACUACAGGGAUGAUGACUGCAGGGAUGAUGACUGCAGGGAUGAUGACUUCAGGGAUGAUGACUGCAGGGAUGAUGACUGCAGGGAUGAUGACUGAAGGGAUGAUGACUACUGGGAUGAUGACUGCAGGGAUGAUGACUUCAGGGAUGAUGACUGCAGGGAUGAUGACUGCAGGGAUGAUGACUGAAGGGAUGAUGACUACUGGGAUGAUGACUGCAGGGACGAUGACUGCAGGGAUGAUGGCUACAGUGAUGAGGGCUACAGGGAUGAUAGCUGGAGCGAGGAUGAAGACUACAGGCCACAACACAGAGGUUCUCAGCAGCUACAGAAAACAUUGCAUGACUUGCAUAGGAGUGCGGUGGAUGAAUCUUUGAACAGCGAGACCGGUCACCUAGACCUCUUCCUCCGCUUCCUUCUGGGCAUCUCACUGGAGUCCAAUCAGAUACUCUUGAAAAGCCUAAAGCUCCAGACGGAGGGAGACACAGAGAGCAUCCAGAAGACCAUCCAGUACAUCAAAGAUAGACUUUCAGACAAAAAACAAAGACAAUAUCCCUCCCCAGAGAGGUGCAUCAAUCUCUUUCUCUGUUUGAUUGAGUUGAACGAUACCUUGUUUGUGAAUUAAAUUAACCUCUUAAUAAAUGGAUCACUAGUCACCUUCAAUAAUGCCACAUUAAUAAUGUUUACGUAUCUUACAUUACUCAUAUCACAUGUAUGUACUGUAUUUUAUACCAUUUACUGCACCUUGCCUAUGCUAAUCGGCCAUCACUCAUCCAUAUACUUAUAUGUACAUAUUCUCUUUCACCCCUUUAGAUUUGUGUGUAUUAGGUAGUUGAUGGGGAAUUGUUAGAUUACCUGUUAGAUAUUAUUGCACUGUCGGAACUAGAAGCACAAGCAUUUCGCUACACUCGCAUUAACAUCUGCUAACCAUGUGUAUGUGAGCAAUAAAAUUGGAUUUGAUUUGA